UGCCCGUGAUCCCUGCGAGCACGAUUCCCAAAGCAGCUAGGCUACCACGGAACGCGGAGCGCGGGGCAGUCACACUGAAGAAAGCUACAGUCGCCGCAUUUGCCUUCCUGUAUUCAGCAAAAAUGGCGCCACAAUUCGAGCCUCUAAAGAAUGACUUGAUCUUGCGGACGGCGAGAGGCGAGAAGGUCGAGCGCCCGCCCAUGUGGGUGAUGCGUCAAGCCGGACGAUACCUCCCCGAGUACCACGAAGCAAAAGGCAGCCAUGACUUCUUCGAAUGCUGCAGGUCACCCGAAAUCGCCUCGACGCUCACCCUCCAGCCCAUCGAACGGUUUGAGGGGCUCAUCGACGCAGCCAUCAUCUUCUCCGACAUCCUGGUGAUACCGCAAGCGAUGGGCAUGGAGGUCAUAAUGGUGGAUAAGAAGGGCCCGCACUUCCCGGAGCCGCUGCAAGGUCCCGAUGACAAACAAUACCAGGAGGUUAUGGAGCGCGAGGUUGACGUCAAAGAGUCGCUGGACUACGUAUACAAGGCCAUCACGCUCACAAGGCAAAAGCUGGCGGGUCGCGUGCCUCUGAUAGGCUUCUGCGGAGCUCCGUGGACGCUGCUGUGCUACAUGGUGGAAGGCGGAGGAACGAAGCUGUUCAUCCAGUCGAAAACAUGGGUCUUCAAGCACGGCGAGGAGAGCAAGGCGCUGCUGCAGAAGAUUGCAGAGCUCUGCGUCGAGUACCUAGCCUUGCAGGUUCAGGCUGGUGCGCAGAUGCUUCAAGUCUUCGAUUCGUGGGCUGGCGAGCUGUCACCUACCUCCUUCAAGACCUUCUCCCUACCCUACCUCACAUACAUUGCCGACAAUGUACCGAAGCGGCUCGCAGAGCUCGGCCUUGAAUCCGUGCCGAUGACAGUCUUCGCGAAAGGCGCGUGGUAUGCGCUGGAGGACCUGUGCAAGACCAGCUACAACACCAUUGGCCUGGAUUGGCUCCAUGACCCGGCUGAUGCAUACAAGAUAGCUCGCAAAUACGGCAAGGUCCUGCAAGGCAACGCUGAUCCCGGUGUAUUGUACGGCGGACGGGAAGCCAUCACGACUGUUGUCAAGGAGAUGGUCACUGGUUUCGGCGGGGGGAAGCAGGGCUGGAUAGCCAACCUCGGUCAUGGCAUCACUCCGUUUGUAAAGCCCGAUGACCUCAAAUUCUUCUUUGAGGAAAUUCACAGGCUUGCAGCGUCGAGUCAAGCGGCGGGGAACGAAGCAUCAGAAGAGCCUUCUGCAAGAGACUUGGCAAUGCGCGGGGAACCAAGCAAGAAUUUGCUCCACGGGAUAUAGCAUUGCAGUAAAAAGAAUUGUUUUCUAGAGCGAAUGUAAAAUCCGUGUGGCAGUUCAGCCCAACUGAAAGUAGUCCUUCAGAGGUUGCAGUAUCUGAUUCUACGUGGGCAACACACUCCCCAAUUUCUGGCCAACUGGCGAAAUGGCAUUCGUUUGCUUUUGGGUCGGAAUAUGGAGUACAUGUGAUGGAGGUGCUCUGUAUGGCUGCAUGGAAAUGCAUAAAGUCAACGAACACGGGGAUUCGAGAGGGUAUCUUCUCGUCUAACAGUCUGCUUUGCUCCAGGCUUUGUAAACUAAUUCAAAAUUCGUGAAAUAAUCAAUUAGUCUCCUCUCCAAU